GUUUUUCUUUAAAAAAAAAAAAAUCCAAUCUUUGAGACAGAGGAUAUUUGCCUAUUUGAUACAAGAAGUCAAAUUUUAACCGGCUAAUAUAUAAAUAACCCUGACCGUACUACUAUCGAACGUGUGAUAAGUGGUAGUUGGUCAACUCUCCGAUGGCUAUGGCUGGUGGUGCUGGCGGAUCAUCGUCGGAGGAGUUCGUAUACAGAAUUAGCACGGCGGAGGAGUGGGAAUCACUGCAGAAAGAGGGCAGCACACUCGGCGGAGAACUCGACAGAACCACCGGCUGCAUUCAUCUCAGCAACCUCAACCAGGUUCAGUGGGUUUUGCAAAACUUUUACCUUAACUUCAAGGACGACUUAUAUCUACUCAAGAUCGACUCCAAAAAGCUCGGGAAUGGUCUGGUGUACGAAGCGGUAGAUGAGUCCAAUUCGUUUCCUCAUUUCUACGGGCCAUCUCGAAGUUUCAGCCCACUUCCUCUGGAUGUUGUUAGCAACGCAGAGAAACUGGUCAGGGAAGAUGGUAAAUUCACCUGCUCUUUCCUCGCUUCAUCAUAAGCACCAAAUCCAUUUGGGCCUUUUUCUGACAGCUGCUUUUAACCAGCCCAACUUUGUUCUAUUGUUUUGAUGACUGAUGAGGAUGAAUGCUUUUUUUUUUUUGGUGAUAAUAAUGUGUUAUACAUUUACUUUUCCAAUAUACAUUUUGAUGAUUGCAAUAUGCGUUUAAGUUAAAUUGAACACACACACAGACGUUCCAAUCACAAUAGUCCUUUGUUUUUUUUUUCUUUUUGGGCCCUUGGUAGAAGUUACAAGUUACAACAAUUGUAAAGGGGAAAAAGGAACAAAAAAUGCCAUGAUUAUGGCAGUCGACAGCAAAGUUCUGGUCUUCAUCAUCAUGGUAGCAAAAAUGGCAUUUUUACGAGCUUAUACCAAAGUUUAUUGUGUC